UGGAGGAAGGAGUUAAGAAGGCCAGGCUGAUGGUCACAGAGACAGGGCGCUGUUUAUCCAGGAAAAGAGGUCGUACGUAGGCAACGGCGGCCCCUGCCAGCUCCUCCCAGAAGGCCUGGGCUGGGGGAGCAAGCUGGAGAGGAAGCUGCUCCCCCGGGCUCUGAGCGCCUCCCGGCCUGAGGCCGAGACCCAGCGGCGGCCCAAAGCCCAGCUCCCCAGCCUCCGCCGAGACGCUGCUCCCCGGAACCUUUCGGCCCGAGGACCCGCACUUCCACGCCCCACCCGCCGCAUGUGGCUCUUGGAGAAAGCUGGUUACAGGGUGGGCGCCGCGGAGCCCGGGGCCCGGUGGGCGCCCCGCAGCCUGCUCCCUAAGCGCCGCGCCCCGGGCCCCGCGGAGCGCGCCUGCCCCAACGUCCUCACGCCCGACCGCAUCCCGCCGUUCUGCAUCCCGCCGCGGCUCCCCGACCCCGGCGGCGCCGACCCCCCGGCCGGGCGCGCGGCGGGCGGGCGCGGCCUCCCGGCGGCCUGCUCGCUGCCGCACCUGGCGGGCCGCGAGGGCUGGCCCUUCCUGCCCGAGAGCCCGCACACGCGCCGCCGCGAGUCCCUGUUCCACGCGCCGCCGCCCGCCCCGGGGAGGCUGCCCCCGGCGCCCCCGCGGCUGAACGUCUCCGCCCCGGACCUGCGCCUCUGCUGGGCCCCCGACAGCGACACGGCCUCGGCCUCAUCGCCCGACUCGUCGCCCUUCGGCUCCCCGCGGCCACCUCCGGGCCGGGCCCGCGCGCCCCGGCCGCACUCGCUGUCCCCGGAGGAGGCGAGCUCGGCCGACACCAGCCCGCACGCGCCGCGCCGCGCGGAGCCGGCCCCGCCGCCGCUCUUCCACCUGGACGUGCUGUGCCGCCCGCUGCGGCCCACGCGCGAGAGCGUGCUGCGCCUCGGGCCGCGCGGCGGGCAGCUGCGCCUCUCCGCCGAGUACCAGGCCGGGCCCGGGCGCCUGCGGCUGCGCCUGGUCAGCGCCGAGGGCCUGCCCCGCUCGAGAGCCGGGCCCGGCGGCGGUGACGGCGGCGGCGGCUGCUUCGUGGUGUUGGGGCUGCGGCCCCGCCUCCGGCCGCGGGGCCAGCGGAGCCGCGUGGUCAGGUGCAGCGCUAACCCCAUCUUCAACGAGGACUUCUUCUUCGACGGGCUCGGCCCGCCGGACCUGGCCGCCCGCAGCCUGAGGGCCAAGGUGCUGGACAGGGGCGCGGGGUGGCGCCGGGACGUGCUGCUGGGGGCGUGUGAGACGCCCCUGAUCGCCCUGCUGCCCCCCUUGGAUGGGGGGCUAGGUCUCGGGGCCUCCCUGGCGCCUGCCCAUCUCAGCCUGUAGACGGAGACCUUCCUCGGGAGCUCUCCGCCGGGCCUGCAGCCCCCCAUGUCUUCCAUCGGCCUGGCAUGUGUAUUUAUUUUUGGUAAUAAAAGGUC